AUGUUCAAGGCAGAACCGGCUGCCAGCACUGACUUCCGGGAUGCAGACGGAUACGACUUGGUGGGCGCCUGCUGCUCCUUGGAGUCUUGCGGGCUUCGGGACUUCCUUCCCUUCACAUGCCCUCAUUGCAGCCGCAACUUUUGUCAAGACCACGUGGCCCCGGCCAAGCACGACUGUGGCCAAGCAACGCAGUCACAAGGUAUGGUCGCUGCACUAUGCCUUCACUGUGGGACGACGGUGAAGUGGGAAGACGCGGCUUCAAGCGAGCAGGAGGCCAUGACCGAACAUCUGAAGGUGUGCAAGCCCUUGCCACAGACAGCCAGAGAGACUUGCCCUGCCAAAGGCUGCAAGACCAAGCUGAACACAAUGAAUUCGGUGGUCUGUCCGGAGUGCAAGGCCAAGGUCUGCUUGAAGCACCGCUUCGAGGACCAGCAUCCUUGUCGUGAGAGCAAGGGAGAGUGGCUGUCGAGACUGUCCUCGGACCGCCGAGAGAAAGCUUUGCCAAACAGGGCUGCGCAAAACUGGGGCUCUGGCGUCACGGGCUCGCGGGUUGCGGCACCGCAGCAUGCUGGCGAGGCGAAGCUCAGCUACAACCGAAGCCUCUCCAAAAGUGCGCGUGAGUUUGAGCUGAAGCUGAGGACGCCUGGUGAAGCCUCAACGGGCUCGGAGGUUGUGGAAUCGAAGCGAUUGGUUCCCGAGGCGCCUGCUUCAAAGCUCCUAGAACUGCGGAGAGCUCUUGGCAAUUCGGAGGAGGCGGCAGAUGAGAGGCCAGGCUUUGCCUGUCGACCUUGCGCCGCCCGUCGAAAGUUGCUGUCCAAUGUGGCGGCCGAUCCUCGGAAUCCCAAAUUCCGCAACGUGAAGCGAGAGAACAAGGCGAUCCAGGAGAAAAUCCUUCGGGUGCCUGGAGGGGAGGAACUCAUGAAGGCCAUCGGCUUCGAGGAUGCGGGUGAGAUGCUGUCCUUGCCUGAGACGGUAGCCCCGAAGCGUAUCGAAGCCAUUUUGCAGCUCAUCUUGUCCUGA